AUGAAGUUCAGCAUAGAGUCUACUGCAUCUUACAACAGUAUACAUCCGUCGUACCAAUAUACAGAGCAAUUCGCAAACAACGCUGAAACGUAUCGAGAGGGUACCAAAUGGUUUGGUGUAUUCUUAGCAUUUCUCUCCGGUACAUUUUUCACAAUUAGCUCUGCGUUAGUUAAAGCAAUUCAAAAUGUAGAUCCUAUGGUGUUGUUAGCAAUCAGAUCUAUCUUACAAAUGUUAGUUAUGGCUGGUGCAGCGAUUAAAGCUUCCAAAAGUCUUUUCGGUCCCAAGGGUCAAAGGAUAUUGCUACACUUCCAGGGAAUAGUGGGAGGUGCAACCCUAUCGUUGCUGUAUUACAGUUUUCGAAAGUUAGCCAUAGGAGAUGCUACUACUAUUAUAUUUAGUUCACCAGUCAUCGUUAUUGCAUUAUCAUUCAUCUUUCUAAAAGAACCUUGUGGAAUAUUACGUGUAAUGGUCGUGUGUGCACUCUUUGCAGGCGUGGUUUUCGUAUCUAAACCACCAUUUCUGUUUCAGGUACACAGGUCUGAACCAUACAAUAUUAUGGGAUACAUAUGUGCAAUACUGGCAACAUUCUUCACAGCUCUCAACAUAGUUAUUAUGAGAAAGUGCUCGGAAAUUCAUUAUUCUACGAUAAUCUUCAAUAUAUCUUGGUGGUCGGUUGUUACGUCAGUAUUCUUUUUCUUUCUUGUAUCGGAGCAUCAUGAACAAAAAUUGAAACUAUCCCUCGAUUGGAUCACUUGGGCUAAAAUACUAUUAGUCGCGUUCACCGGAUUGUGUGGUCAAAUUUUAGUAACUAAUGCAUUAAAAAUAGAAGGUGCAGGCAAGGUAUCAGUGACUAGAUCAUUGGAUAUCAUAUUGGCCUAUGUUGUGCAAGUAUACUUUUUUGGAGACCAUCCUUCAUCCACCAGUAUCGUUGGAGCAUUUUUAGUUGUAAUCUCUGUUAUAUGCAUGGGAUUCGAAAAAGAAAUUUAUAGUGUUUGUGAUUUUAUUCCCUAG